AUUGGAACCGGGAGGUUGAACUGAAGCGCUCUGAUACCGGGAGCCCCGCUCUCUCUCACCCGUUACACUUGGCGUUUCGCUUAUAGGCGCCUGUUCCCGUUACAAUGAACCGUAAGGUGCUGGACGAGCUUAGAUGGGACGAUGGCUAUGCCAUUCCCGUGGCCAAUGCGGAGAAUAAAACCCUGGAGGAAGAGAUGCAGAAGAAAGAAAAGGAAAAGAUCCAAUUGUCGAACCAAGUGAAGGGAUUCGAAGAACGAAUCCAAGCAAUGGCAGACCAUCUCAGGAAUGUCAGACAGGAGUUGACAUACACUCAAUCCCUCGUAAGGGCCAGGGAAAAUGAGACAGAGAGUGAAGAACACUUCAAGACACUGUCAGAAAGGGAAAUUGGACGUCUCAAACAAGAAAUUCAAAGGCUUGAAAAUGAGCUAGUGUCCUUGAGAGAAAAGAAAAACAGCCAUGAAAACAACAUAUUCAAAACCACUCAAAAGCUGGAAAAUCUUAAGCGUCAGCUUAACUGGGACCAGCAGACUUUGGAAGCUUGGCUCGAAGAAUCUGCACGCAAAGAUGAAGAUUCCAUGGCAAUACAAAAAUAUUCCCAGAAAGAUGAUGGAAAAAUUAAAGAACUGUCACUGCUGAUUGAAAAACUGACUCUGGAGGCUGGUCAGAAACGUAAACUUAUGGACAAUGAGUUGACAGAGACUAUCACUGCACAGAUAGAGCUGGACAAAACAGCUGAAGAUUUUCGGAAAGCUCAUACUGAAAGACAGCAACUGAUUAGUCAGUGGGAAAGCACCAUAGGACAAAUGCAGAAAAGGGACAGAGACAUUGAUCACUGUGCAAUGUUACUAGCCCAGGUCAAACAGGAGCUAAGAGAAAAAGAAAGUAUAAUCAAAGAGAAAAUUCAGUUCCUGCAAAGUGAAAUUGACAAUAAUAAGGAAUAUGAGAAAAAGAUUUCUGCUGCAGAACGACAGGCUGCAAAGCUGAGAUUGGAGCUGCAGGAACAAGAGAUCAUCCGAGGUCGUCUGCAAGAUGAGCUGGAUUCUUUAAAAGGUGUUGUUGAUCGGACAGCUAGUGACUUAGAGACUAUGAGAACAGAGGUUACCAGUCUAAAGAAAGACAUCCGGAAUAGGCAAAACAGGCUACAAAUGGCACAAGAAUAUAAUGAUGGCCUAUCUGACAAGCUCAACUUUGUCACUGAAUCAGCCUUAAGUCUGGAAGAAAGAGCUUUACGGAUGGAAGAAAUGUUCAAGGAACAAGAAAAAACUGUUAAGGAUCUUGAAGUCCAGUUAAAACAGAUAAGGGAAAUACUUUUCAAAAAAUCUCAGGAGCUGCAUGAGUGUAAAGCAAAAGAAAAGGACGUCAUAGCAGAAAUCAAUGGAGGCCAAGUUACACUCAAGAAUCUCAAUAGUCAACUACAAAAACUUGACUCACAUGCUCUAAAGCAGCAAGGAAUAAUGUACAAUCAGGAUUUUCAGAUCCAGCAAUUAGAGAGACGGCUAUCACGUUUAAAAGGUGAGGUCAAUACAGAUGAGAAGCAAGCCUUGGAAAUGAGGGUAUCGCAGCUUACUAAAGUAUUUGAGGAGCGCAGAGCUGCAUUAAAACUAUUGAAUACCCAGCACAAGAAACUCCAGGGGGAUGUGCGUUAUAUCAAAAGAGAACUUGAAAAAACUGGCCAGGAAAAGGGAGAUUUGAUCAGCAAAAAGGAAGAAUUUAAUCUCUUCAAUAUGAUGUCCGAAAAGACUCUGAAAAAGAUCAAAGCAUCUAAGCAGGAUUUAAUGGUUGAAGACAAUAUUUUAAAGCUGGAAAUAAAAAGGCUAAGGGACAUGCUCUACAGUAAGGCAGAUGAUGUUUUCUCAUUGGAAAAACGCAAGUUGCAGUUACAAACUGCAAUGAAAGAACGAACCGAAGAGAUUUCAGUCCACAAAGAAAUGCUUAAAUCACAUAUAAGAUACGUGGAUCAGGAACGCCAAAAUAUAAGUUCACAGCUUCAUGAGAGACUUGCAAAAGUUGAGAAAAUGAGGAAGAGGUUUGAAAUACUAACUAUUGCAAUGAUGCCACCAGAGGGUGAAGAAGAGAAAUCUCAGGCCUAUUACGUAGUUAAGGCUGCUCAGGAAAAGGAGGAGCUACAGCGAGUAGGUGAUGAUCUGGAUGGGAAAAUUCGUAAAGCUGAAAAAGAGAUCAGGGCUUUAGAAAACACCCUGCAAGUUAUUAAUGGAUGUAAUACCUCUUUCAAAAAAUCAUUUUCCAAAAUCACAGAAACAAGUGAAGAAUACGACGAAAAAGUUCAACUUGAAGAAGAAAAAAAAGCUGCAGAAGAAAAGCAUCGAUACAAACAGAGGCAGAUUAGGGAACUGCAGGAAGAUACGCAGGUUAUGAAAAACACAUUUGAUAGCAUGAUAAAUGAGGAACUGUCCUAUCAAGAGAAAGCAAAGGAACUGCUUCCAGCCAUUACCCAACUUAACAAAGAAACAGAGGACCAAAAGCAAAAACUGGAAAGAGUAUUGAAACAGUAUUCCAAAUUGUCAAAACAUGUCCGAAAUGCUAAGAAAAGCAAAGAAGAAACACAAGAGGAAAAAGAUAUUAAUGUUCGGGAUCUGCGAGACUUCAACCAAUCCUUAAACAAGAUGCUGGCUCAAGCAAUGGAGAAGAAUCCGGACUUAGCCACAGCCCUUCAGUUAUACUUUCAUCAGUUUGGUUUAGAAAUACCUACAAUUGGGUCAACUCCUGGAAGUUACAGUUCUAGAUCAAGUUCAUCACGUAGUUCCACUAUUUCCGUCAGAUCAGGCACAUCCAGGAUAUCAGUCAAUUCUGGUCAAUCUCCCCGGAUUAAAGUAGUGGACCUAGGACUGCCUCCUGCCUCUCCUUCAUCAAAUGUAUCAUCUGCCCGGAGCUCCAGGACAUCAUCCAGGAGUGGCUCGUCAAAAAGCCAGAAACAGGAGUAAAAUGUAUUUAUGUACUAAUUAUUAUUUAGAGAAAAACUUCUCAUUUAAUUACUUAUCUAUAUAAUAGCAUACAUGAUUUAUUUUUCACCACCAAAACAGUAGUUAGUGAGAAAUAUAAGGACAGAAGACAAACUAGGAGAGGGAAGAUAACAAGAAAGGGACUGAAAGUAGAACAUAAAAACCAAAAAGAUUUCAAAA